CGAAAAGCUCCAAGGAGCAGAGGACAAGUGGUGACGAUGGCAGACAAGUUCGUGGUGCACAAAUUCGGCGGCACGUCCGUGGGCAGCGCCGACUGCUUCGCCAAGGUGGCGGACAUCGUGUCGGGUAAUGAGGCCCCGCGCAUGGCUGUGGUGGUGUCGGCCAUCGGUGGCAAACCCAAGGUCACGGACCUGCUUAUCUCGCUGCUCGAACUGGCCAAGCAGCGCCGCACGGCCGAAUGCGACGAAAUCCUGGCCACGCUCCGUAAGAAACACCACGACGUGGUGAGCACACUUCUUCCUGCUGAGGUGGGUGAGCCCAUCGAAAAGGCCAUCGAGCGCGACCUUCAGUCCGUCUCGGAGCUGCUGCGCUCCAUCUCCAUCAUGCAGGCGUACAACGAGAACGUGGUGGAGUUCAUCUCAGGUCACGGUGAGAUCUGGUCGGCCAAGAUCCUCACAGCUGUACUAAGCCAGAAGAUGCAGGACGACGGCAAAAAACACCGUUUCCAGUUCGUGGAUGCCCGCGACUUCCUGACAGUCGAGCCGGACAACGAGCACGGUCCGGUGGUGCAGUACGAUCUGUCAGAACAGAAGCUUAAUGCGAUCCUGAAGAACGGAGAGGGCGAUGAGCUCACGCACGUGGUCAUCACUGGUUUUAUCUGCAGCACCGUCGAGGGCGUCAUGACCACACUCAAGCGUGACGGUAGCGACUUCACAGCCUCGAUCUGUGGUCGUGUGCUACACGCCAGCAGCGUCACGAUUUGGACGGAUGUGAGCGGUGUAUUAAGCGCUGACCCACGACGUGUGCCAGAGUCUCAGAUUCUGCCCGAGAUCUCGUACCAGGAGGCCAUGGAGCUUGCGUACUUCGGUGCCAAGGUCAUCCACCCGAAGACUAUGGCGCCUGCCAUCGUGGAGGACAUUCCUAUCUACAUCCGAAAUACAUUUGAGCCUGAACACCCGGGCACGAAGAUCUCAGACCGCAAGAAGGUGGAGCUCAAGCGCACCAUGUCGAACGGAACUCCCACAGCUCGCAACAUUGUGAGCGGAUUCUCCACUGUAGAUGACUUGGCACUGUUUAACAUUGAAGGCAGUGGCAUGGUCGGUGUGCACGGCACGUCUUCACGGCUAUUCAGCGCGCUGGACCGCGUCAAGGUGAACGUUGUGCUCAUUGCGCAGGCCAGUUCGGAGCACUCGAUCUGCUUCGCUGUGCCCAUGGACUGCGCCGAAGUCGCCAAGGAGGUGAUUAACGAGACUUUCUUCAAGGAGAUCCACGUCGGACACAUCGACAAGACCGAGUACAUUGCGCCUAUCAGUAUCAUUGCUGCUGUAGGUGAUCAGAUGAACCAGACUCCCGGUGUCUGCGCCCGUUUCUUCGGUGCUCUAGGCCGUGCAAAGAUCAACGUGUUGGCUAUCUCACAGGGAUCCUCGGAGCGUAAUAUCUCGGCUGUGGUACACUACAAGGACUCGGCCGCUGCGCUGCGUGCUGUACACUCGUCGUUCUUCCUGUCGGACCAGACCCUUUCCAUCGGUCUAAUGGGUCUCGAGUUCGAUGAAGACGAGACCAACAGCAUCGGUGUGGCUCUACUGAAGCAGUACCAUCAGCAACGCGAGUACCUGAAGCAGCGCUUCAACGUGGACAUCCGUGUGCGUGCUAUCGGCACACACAUCACCUCGCAGAUGCUGCUGGACGUCGACGGUGACAUCACCGAAGAAGCCUUGGCAGCCCGGCAGGACGAAUUCGUGCCGUUCGACCGGAACAAGUUCCUAGAUCACGUCUGCGCAGACCAUUUGCCACACUGGCUCAUCGUUGACGUUUCCAACAGCUCACAUCACGUCAAGGACUUGUACCCGCAGUGGCUGGCGCGCAAGGUGCACGUCAUGACGUCGAACAUUAACGUGUCGUCGGCCUCGACGGAGCAGCACAACGCCAUGCAGGAGAUGGCGAUUCAGAACGAACUAACGUACGAUCCGGAGGCAACGCUGGCUAUUGGUGUGCCCAUUUUCAACACCAUCCAAAACUUCAUCCAGACAGGCGACGAUAUCCAGCGGGUGGAAUACUCGGGAAGCCGCUUCUUGCACGCUGUUUUCGACGCUGUGUUCGCACUACCGGAGCCGGCGGAGGCUGAUCUUGGAGCUAUUAUGAAGGACCUUAUGGAUCAGUACAAGAACGAGUUCAGCGUGCGUGAUAUCGUGGACGACGUCAUGGGCGUACGUAGUGCCAAGAAGGCCAUUAUGAUCGCUCGCGAGAUGGGCUACGACAUCGAGAUGAAGGACGCCAACAUUGAGAGUCCCUGGGAUCCCAGCGCCACGGUUGCUGGCAGUCAGGACGAGGUCGGAGCCUGGAGCUACGAUUAUCUAUUGGAGCACCUCGUGAAGGCCAGCGAGCCGUUGAAGCAGCAGAUCGCCAAGACUGUAGCAGACCCGAAACAGGCACUGCAGCUGCGUCAAAUGUCAUACAUCGACGCUGCCACGGGCAAGAUCUCGGUGCGGGUGGAGGCUCUGCCGCCGACCCACUCCUUCGCAUCGCUCAAGUGCCGUCAGGGUGGCUUUGCCUUCUACACGCUGCGGCAUUCGCUACACCCCGUGGUGGUCACGGGUCCCAUCGCAGACUGCUCGAUCACGGCGGGAUCUCUUUUUGGUAGCACACUGUUCCUGGCGAGAAAUUGCGGUGCACGCGCCCACAACUGCGACCACAGAUGCCAGAUCAACAACAAGAAGUAAGCGAGAGCCUCGAACUCUUGUGCACGUGAGCGUUAGUACAUAGAGAACCCAUAAACGACGUCAACAAGUGCCAUGUUCAUCAAACUG